GCCGGAUGAGCGGGGCGCUGCGGCGCCGGCGGUCGCUGCCGUGCUCCGCGCUGCCGGCCGGGCGGCCGAGCGUGGCGGGUCCCCCGCGGCCGAGCUGCCCUGCCCUGCCGUGCCCGCCGGGCUGUGAUGUGUGUGCCCCGCUCGGCGGGAGGCGGGGAGUGCCCGGCGGAGGGGAGGGGAGUUAGUGAGCGGCGAGGAGGAGGAGGCAGGGCGGGAGGCAGGGCCAUGGGGAGCAGCGCUCCGCGGCGGCGGACGGCGCGGGCUGUCUGACCGGGGCGAAGCGCCAGGGGCACGGCCCGGCAGCCCGGGCGGCAGCGGCGGGGCCGGGGAUGAAGGUGCCGGGCAGCCCCCCGCCGCCAGCCGCCGGGCGGUGACGGGGCGGGCGCCCGGCGGGCCGCUCGCUGCCCUGCGCGGGGCCGGCGGAGGGAGGGGACUCGGGCCGGGGUGCCAUCGCCCGGGGCCGCGGUGACUCAGAGCCGGCGCGGCCGGGGGUGAGCCGAGGGCUGUUGUUGUGGGAUUUCUUUCCCCGGCAGGUUAUAAAUAGCCCCGCGCGGCGCCGUGUCACGGAAGGACACGCUGGCCGGGCGCGGGAGAGGCCGCCGCGCUCCGCCUGCUGCGGCGGGCACAGCUGGGGCGGCGGGCCGGGACAGCCCCCGGCGGCGCGGCCGGGCCCGGCCGCUCGGUUCGGCACACGGCAAAUAACUGAUAGCGCUUGCGGGAGGCAGCGGCGGCCAGUCUGCGCGGGGGGAGCGGCGGAGCGCUGCGGCUCCUUCAGGCCUCUCUGAGGAAGCGGACAAAAUGAAGCCGGAACGAGAUACCUUGGAUGAAUACUUUGAGUAUGAAGCGGAGGAGUUCCUGGUCUCCCUGGCUUUGCUGAUCACCGAGGGCCGGACGCCCGAGCGCUCCGUCAAGGGCCGCACCGAGGGCUUGCACUGCCCGCCGGCGCAGUCGGCUCAGCCGCCAGCAGCCAAGCAUGAGUGCAGCGACGAACUGGCCCAGUGUCGCCAAGCCAGGAGAACCCGAUCUGAGGUUAUGCUGCUGUGGAAGAACAAUAUUCCAAUCAUGGUCGAAGUGAUGCUACUGCCAGACUGUUGCUAUAGUGAUGAAGGGCCCACCACCGAGGGGAAUGAUUUAAAUGAUCCUGCAAUCAAACAAGAUGCAUUGCUGUUAGAAAGGUGGAUUUUGGAGCCAGUUCCUCGGCAGAGCGGAGAUCGAUUUAUUGAAGAGAAGACCCUUUUACUGGCUGUUCGCUCUUUUGUUUUCUUCUCUCAGCUGAGCGCGUGGCUGAGCGUUUCACAUGGUGCUGUUCCCCGAAACAUUCUGUAUAGGGUGAGCGCUGCAGACGUGGGCUUGCAAUGGACGUUCUCCCAGACGCCAACCGAGCAUGUCUUUCCUGUUCCCAACGUUUCGCACAACGUGGCCUUGAGAGUCAGCGUUCAGUCCUUGCCCAGACAAUCGAACUACCCGGUUCUGACCUGCAGUAUUCACACCAACCUCGGCUUUUAUGAAAAGCGGGUGCAAGACCGUAAGUUACAUCAGCACAGCGACUCCGGUGCAGCUCAGCAGUGCAGCAGCUCCAGUCCGCAGCGCUUCUGGGGGAAACAGACGUGGCCAGGGACACCUGAGGGCCUGCUUAAUGGAAAAAAGACACCGGAGUUUACUACGUCUAUCAGAAAUGUAAAACUUUACCCGUCAGCCGCUCUUGGAUCUGACUUCGGAGCCUCGCAGUCUAAAGUUCAGUGCUAUAAUGCUACUGCAGACAGUAAGACACAAUCUCAUGAAAGACCCGCCAGGACUUUUAAAUCCUUUUCUCUAGUCGAUUCCCGUGUUUCGAACGGUCAUUGCUCUCAUCAGCCUACGGGAGAAACCAAUCCUUUGAUAGGCUCUUUGCUUCAGGAGCGACAAGAAGUCAUCGCAAGGAUUGCUCAGCACUUGAUUCACUGCGAUCCAGCCACGUCCCCAGUCGUCGCCGGGCGUCCGUUCAGCAUGCACGAGAACAGCUCAGCUGCACCCAAAGGUUUUCGGAGUACCUACGAAGACAAAAGCUUGCCAAGGAAAGGCAAGGAAACCUCCUCUAUUCCUAUUGCCAACUCAAACAAUGCAAUACAAGAAGAUGGUGGUGAAGGCAAAACCAGAGCAAUUCCAGAGGUCCCGCUGCUCGAAGGCCGAGCUCCAGCGAGCCACUGUGGCCAUCAGCCCACGGGGGAGAGCAACCCCCUGAUCGAUUCGCUGCUCCAGGAGCGGCAGGAGGUGAUAGCGAGGAUUGCCCAGCACUUGAUUCAUUGUGAUCCAGCUACGUCCCAUGUUACGGGACAUCCAUUCAAAGUGCAGGAGACGAGCCCAGUUGCUUCAAAAAUUUUCCGAAGUACAUAUGAGGAUGAAAAUUUGCUGAAGAAAAACAAGGAACUGUCUUCUGUUUCUUUGGCUAAAUGUGAUUUUUCUGUGGUAGAAGAAAGCAGUAAAUCAAGGACGAAGACACCUGACACCCCUGUCAGUCCCUCCAGGUGUGACGGAGAGUCGAAGGCUGCUUUGAAACUCCAGGCAAGAAGAAGACUGGUUUUAGCAAAACCCAGUGAGGCUGUCCGACAUGCAUUUCAUCAGAGCGCAAAGAAAGCAUUCACCAACGCUCACACGUCGUCAUCCUGUAGUAAAGAAAAUAAAUCCGAACUGCCAGAUAAAUUGGAAACGAUACAUCCUGGUUACGCACAGAAGGACCAGGUAACCAAUAGAAUUAAACAGUGUUCAAAUUUCGGCAGCGUUGAUGAACAGAUUUGCACAAAUAAACUUAAAGAAAGAGUAAUCGUGAACGGGAAUAAUGGCACGGACAGUUUUAACAAUUUACAGAUGGAUAAAUGCAAAAUACUUGAAGGUACAAAAAAAGCAACAGUUAUGCAGGUAUCUGACUCUUUGCACAAACAUGAGCUCAAGUGUUUAUCUAAAGACUCAAAAACCCCAAAUAUUUAUGAGCAAAACACUCAGCUCAUUAGUAUUGAAAACUAUUUAAAUAAAGACCAUGACAGUUACAAAAACAAAGCCAAGCAAGAUAAAACAAAAGCUGCACAUGAUGAGAAUGAAGACCCAAUAGGCCUCGAUUUCCAAAGCACUUGUCAGAAGAAACCUGCAGAAGAUGGAGUGAAGUGCGAGCGGCUGAGGAACCCGGACGUGCAGAAAGCACCAUCUCUAAAACACACCAAUACAUGGCGGAAACAUAAUUGUCGAUCCUUGGAUGGAACUUCAACCAAGGCUUUUCAUCCCAGAACUGGAUUGCCUCUCCUUUCGAGUCCUGUUCCUCAAAGGAGAACGCAGUCCGGGUGCUUUGAUCUGGAUUCGUCACUGCUGCAGCUGAAAUGUCUGUCUGCGAGAAGCCCCCAACAAUGUAUAAACAGAGACAGUGAUCCAGGAAGCCAUGGGAAACCAUUUCUGAGUUGCAGCGCUCCACCAGUGACAAGUCUGAGCCUUCUGGGAAACUUCGAGGAGUCUGUCCUGAAUUUUCGCCUGGACCCGCUGGGCGUUGUGGAGGGUUUCACCGCCGAAGUGGGAGCCAGUGGAGUGUUCUGUCCCACGCACAUGACUCUGCCGGUGGAAGUGUCGUUCUACAGCGUUUCGGAUGACAACGCACCCUCUCCUUACAUGGGUGUAAUUACUUUAGAGUCCCUUGGUAAAAGGGGUUAUCGGGUACCGCCUUCAGGAACAAUCCAAGUGACCUUAUUUAACCCUAACAAAACUGUGGUGAAGAUGUUCGUGGUGAUCUACGACUUGAGAGAAAUGCCAGCUAAUCAUCAAACAUUCCUCCGGCAAAGGACUUUCUCUGUUCCCGUGAGACGAGAAAUGAAGAGAACUCUCAAUAAAGAAAACAGUCAUCAGACUGAAGAAAGGCUGCUACGCUACCUCAUACAUCUGAGGUUCCAGAGUUCCAAAUCUGGAAAGAUCUACCUCCACAGAGAUGUACGGCUCCUGUUCUCUCGGAAAUCCAUGGAAGUUGAUAGCGGCGCUGCGUACGAACUCAAAUCUUACACUGAAUCUCCAACAAACCCUCAGUUUUCACCGAGAUGCUAGCGAGCAGCGGCAGGCCAAGCGUCCGUUCUCGCACUGAUGGUUCCUCACAGCGAAGAUGAGGAGAGCUGGCAGGACCAAGUCAGGUCCGUGAAGGAGUGAAGGUGGCGCUCCAGAGGCGGCUCUUGGGCGAUCCUGGACCAGCCUUCAGCGACUGGACUGAGCUUUGUGUAUUCCAAGUAGACUGGAAACAUACUUAUCUUUUUGUACCGUUUAAAACCACUUCAUUGGAUGUGUUGCAAUAGCAAAUUCCCAAGUUAGUUUAGUGUUUACACUUUUUAUUUUAUUUUUCAGUUAUUUAAUAUUUAAUGUUUCAUUUAAUACUCAAGUGAUGUUUGUCUUUAGUGUUCUAAUGUAGCAUAAAUCCUAUGUAAAAUCAUACUAUGUAUUUUUGGCAUUAAUAUUGAAAUCUGAAAUAUAUACAGAUAUCUUUAAUCUGUGCGAUGUUUUAAGUGAUAUUCAUUUAAGUUGUUGAAAAUGGGGACAGCAGGUGAAUUUCCAUAACAUUUCAUACUAUGCAAGCAUUGAGCUUUUUUCCCUGUUUUCUCUUUACUGGUACCCUUUUUGCUUUUCUUUCCUCACGUGCAGAUUGAACAACAUUUGCGACCGUAGUGCAGAUUUAUUUACGCGCUCGUGCAUUCAGCUCACUGGUUCCAUUCACAGUUUGCUGCCUCAGUUUCUUUCCUUGAGAGUCACUUUAAUUUUGUGUUCUGUCCUUGGUUCUUCUCAAAGUUCCCACCCUCCCCAUUUGAUUUCCCAGAUUGUGUUAAAGGAUGUACUGUGCAAACAAAUCAGUAUUUAUAUCUUAAAUAUAUGCAAAAGCGAUGAAACUUGUACUUUUUGUUUUAUUUUUCGAUAAGGAGGAUCUUCAUGUAAUCCCAAGUAUUUUAAUAGGUCGGUUCCAUUUAGGCCACUAGGUGGCCAUGGGACGUUUUACUAGAAAUGCUACAUCGGGCACAUACGUAUUUUCCAACCCGUGUAUUCCUAAAACAAGACACAGCCGGAUGAACAGUUUAUGCGAAGUGUUAAACUGUGUAACUGAGAUGAAUAAAGUCAGAAGCAUUUGAUUCCA